AUGUCGACCCCAACACCAGCUGAGGUCGAGGCCAUUCUCGACCGCCGAAAGGGACGGCACGAUACGCCACUCGACACCGACCUCGCACCAGUCUACACCUUUCUCCUUGGGGACAAGAGUGACGAUGUCGUGCCGCACUGGUUCUGCUCCCAGGCAGGCGAGGUGCAUCGCCGCGCCGCGACGUACCUCAUCGUCCUGUUUGCUUUCAAGCAGCAGGGGACAAGCAAGACGUGGAUCGAGACGUUGGCAAAGGUCGUCAAGUCGUGUGCUAAGUGUGCGCGCGCGUUCGCGUCAGCACGGCGAACCUGGGAGCGGCUUUACUUCUCGGCGUACCCCUCUGCCACAAGACAGAACUUCGCCAAGGUUGUCGACAAAUGGCAAGCCAGCCUGAUAUCACCGCAUCUCGAGCUGGGCGGCAUGUUCGACCUUCCCCCAGCGCUCCUCCAGCUGGCGUUCAAUGAGCCCGCAGUCCUCGUUAUACCAGAGAUCGCAGAAGCAUUCGACGUGGCUCUUGUCGCGUCGACAGGGCGUACGUCCGUGGCCGACCUCUACCUCUCCGCCGGACUCGUCAAUCUCCUCUCAUCACCCAUGCCCGAGCGGCGGCAAUGGGCGCGCAUCCAGAUCGCGUUCAUCUCGCACAAGCCGCUGUGCUUUGAGGACUUCCGAAAUAGCGGCGUCGGUGCAGAGGUGCUCGCCCUACUCGGAACCACCUUUUCCGGCUCUCAGACCGAGCUCUUCUCCUCCGUGCAGGCACUCGUGUCCACUGACCGCCUGGGACCCGAUGCGAUCCAGCGCGGCCUCCUUGAAGGGCGGUACACGCAUGACGCAGCGCGUCCAGACAAGUCCGUCAUGGCCUUCGUCGCCCGCCAGCUCGGCACACCAUCGGAUACCUUCCCCGCCGUCCUCGAGCUCUUUACCUCCCUCCUCAUCAUGUCCCCAACCCACCAUGCUUGGGCUUUCGAUACGUCCCCCGAGCUACCCCACACACUCUUCUCUGAGAUCAAGAGAAACUCGUCUUUCGAUGCCCUCGUCGCUGACACCCGGCCCUCGAACCCAAAGGGCAAGAGCAGGGAAGGUGCUGAGGAAGCCGGGCCGUUGGCCUUCAUCACUCCUUUCCUCUUGUCCGUUCUCGAUGCACAGCGAACAAAGGAAGGCUCGGGGUUCUCGGAGGCACUGGCCAAGGUUAUGGGCUACUGCUUCGCCGAAAUGCAGCACGACCGGCUAGACAUCCAGGUCCGCGCUGCCGUUGCGGAGGCAGGCUUCAAGGCUCUAGCGGUGCUGCAGGAGAAGGUUGCCGGCAACGAUCUGGGUAUCGCAGCUCUCGCGUCCGCGCUCGACGUGCACUCCAGCUUCAUUGCGCGCGUCGCGUUCCACAUAAAGGCCGACCAGGGAUGGUCGUCGGCGCGCGAGGCGGCACGUUCGCUCGUCACUCUCGUAUUCAAAGCGGAUGGCCGCGAGGUGAUGGAGAGCGUCCUUGGCCUCGCCACGGUCGCCAUGAACGAGCGCCGCCGGCUGAAGCGCGAGCGGCGAGCCAAGCAGGGCCAACCCGUCUCAAAGGCAGUCUCCGUCGACAAGCUCCAUCGUGCCUCGAUCCGACGCGAACUAUGGAAGGCUGCGUACGAUGCCUUAGACCCAACAGACAUCGCGGGAUUGGCCCUCAUCAUGGCCGCCGUAGCGCCGUUGGCGCACAUCGAGGAGCUCAACCUGAACGACGCAUGGAACCCCGAGGAUCUCACCAAAGUCGUCCAACCACCAGAGUGGAAAGCGAGUGUGCGCGCCGUCAACUUGGCGCUCAAAACUGUCCGCACUGACUUUGCGCGAGUUGUCGAGUCAAUGGCAGCGCAGCUCGAUCCUCUUAUACUCGGCUCGCUAUGGGAGCUGUCAGGCGUCGCGCAGUCUGUCAUGGUGCUCCUCCUCUCACCAGUUGAGUCGAUACACGACCCAGUGAUCAAUUUGAUCCAGCAGUCCUUCACCGACGUCGAUGAUCGUGGCGACUGUAUCCACACACUCCUCAGCAAGUACUCGGUGGAGGCCAUGGACGGCCUCUAUACCUUCCUUUCAGCGUUCAUUCAGACCGCACGGAUGGUUCCAGAAGCCGUAGGGCUUGCCAAGUGGCUUGUGCGCUGCUUCACGGACGUCAUGGACGCUCUGUGUGAGGCGGCAGGUCUGUCACCGGCCCUACUCCAGACGGACUCGUUCCUGUCCAAAUACGCUAAUAACCGGCGCAUGACGCGCCGUGUGAGUGACCUGUGGCAGCUCAUGACGGACUCGCUCGCCCUCAUCUUCAGGCGUACCUCUGACUGGGCACCAUUCUACGACAACGAGGUCAUGGUCGACUGGAUGCGCGACGCGCUCAUCUUCGGCCGCAUGAUCACAGACAAUAUCCGGAUCUUCGAGUCUGCCAUCUUGAGCCACACACAGGUGCGACAGGACGACCCGGCGGAGUCGCCAGCACGCGUGUCCCAAGUCGGCAAGACGCUUGCCCAGAAGCUCCAGGUCGUGCUUGCCGAUCUCGUCGGGUGGCUGCGUCUGACUGACGCGGAAACGCUCCACCAGGCAUUCGAGCUCAUUAAGACCAUUCUCGGUCGCGUUAGCAAGUCGAAGCCGGACCUCAGCAGCAAUCCGCAGCUUGAAAGCGCGCUUGUCGAGCUGGACAAGUUCUGUCGCCGCAUCUCGAAUGCGUACAGGAGUCGCAUCACUGACGACAUGCUGUCAGAGCUGUCCGAGCUUGUCAACCAGUUCGACCUUCCUAUGGACGAGAUCCAGUUCAUCAAGGAGGUCAAGGCGACAUCGCCCGAGGCUAUGAGCUCUGAUGUCGAGCCUGUGUCCUCGAAGCUUCGGGCAGUUGCCGGCAAGGACAUGCGUCAAGAGCGACGCGACGUCAAGCCGUCGGUACCGGUGACACAGCAGAAGAACGCCUUCGCCGUGAUGAUGAAGAAGGCGGGCGGGACGUACUCCCCGUCGGAGGGCCCCAGCCGUCCCAGACACGCCAAGCCGACCAAGCCGCGCCAGAUGACGUUAGACGAGUUUGAGGAACAAGACGACUUUCUCGAGAGCUUAUCUGCCAACGACCUGGACAUUCUCGAGCGUCGUGCUCAAAACACGAGCUCCAGGCGCGUCGAGGCACCGAAACCCAAGCCCAAGGAGAAGCUUCAAAUCAAUGUUGUGCCGCAAAAGUUCUACCCGGAGAAGAGGCCGCCUUCAUCGUCGGCUUACAAGUCCAAGUUCAUGCGCGACUUGAGCCGUGAGCACAAGGCUCAGAUCAUUGAGCAACGCCGCGGCGCUCCUCCUGUCACACGUCUACCGAACGCUGCUGCAAUCGGCACUGGUAUCGGUGCGUACACGGGGCCGCCGAAACCUGCCGCCAAGCCAGCUCCAGCGUCGUCGGAUACGAGCGACUCGGACUCGUCCUCGGACGACGACAACAAGGGUCUCACGGCGUUGCUAGCACGCCAGAAGGGCGUGCUGAAGCCGGCCACCAAGGUCGCGGCACCGCAGAGGUUCAAGAUCAGUGAGUCCCGGCCCAUCAAGAUGCUAGGGGCGGGUGUGGUUGACCUCAUGCGUGAGCGUGAGGCUCAGCGCAAGAGAGCCCAUGCGAUGCGCAUGCGUCUCCGCCCAGACAUGACGCCACUGUAUCGGUUCGUCCUUGGCUGGGACCCAGCGCAUACUGGCACGUCGCCUCGGUACCCGGAGAAUGUAGAAGCUCAGCUCGGGCCACUCCAAUCAGUGCCCACGACCUUCGCGAGUCCGGAGCAUUACGACAAGGUCAUGCUGCCCAUGUUCCUUCAGGAGUUAUGGGCACAGUUCAUCAAGGACCAGCCGUCUUCCGGCAGUGUGACCGUGGAGGUUAUGCAGAAGGACUACGAGGACGACUUUAUCGACUUACAGGCUGUCGUUGCUGGUAACCUGCCACCCAUGUUCAGCUUGAACGACUCGGACGUUGUCACCAUCCAACCCCAAACACCCGGCGGGCGGCAGGUGUUUGCCAAGGUCAUGGUAUUCCAGCGCCGCUUCAAGGAGGUGUCCAUGAAGUUGCGCAUCCUGGGCGGGAUGGACCCGAACGUAGGGGUCAAAGGCAAGCUGUUACUGCAGAAGCGCUCAGCACUUGGCACUGCCAUGCGCGAGUUUGGCGCGCUGCGUGGUCUGCCGUAUUACGAGCCUGGUAUCCUUCGAGACAUACUUGGCGCGCGGAGCGCAGUCACACCUGAUGUCUCUGAGGGCGACAUUGAGGACGCCAUGGGCAAGUUCCAGGUCAACGAGCCGCAGGCAAAGGCGAUCCUCGGUGCAUUUGCCGUCCAGGGCUUCGCACUUAUCCAGGGUCCACCGGGUACGGGUAAGACGAAGACGAUUAGCGGCCUGGUGGGAAAGUUCCUCUCCGAGCGCAACAUGCCGAUCGCUUCGCACGCGGAUGCUCCUGUCAAGACCAAGAUUCUGGUAGUUGCACCGAGUAACGCGGCCAUCGACGAAGUGUGCAAACGUCUCAUGGACGGGGUACCGUCAGCACAGGGCGGCCGUAUCCACCCCAAGGUCGUCCGUAUCGGUGUCGAGUCGUCCGUCAACGUCGCCGUUAAGGACGUCUCACUCGACAACAUUGUCGAGGCGCGCGUCAACGACGAGUCGCAACGGCGUGAUGGUGGUGGCUCCGAGCUCACGCGUGUGCAGACUGAACUCGACGCUGUCAAGAACCAGAUCAAGGAGAAGCAGCUCGAGAUGUCCCGCGUGCAGGGCAACGACCAGAAGCUCAAGGAGAUCGAAACCGAGCUGCAUUCCCUCAACGCGAAACGUACUAAACUCGGUCAGCAGCAGUCGCGUGCCAAGGACGCCGCACGUGACGCCACCCGUCACCUGAACGGUGCUCGUCGUGCGGCGCGCGAUGCCGUGCUCAAGGAGGCGGACAUCAUCUGUGCAACGCUUUCCGGUUCCGGCCAGGAGGUGCUCUCAGCCUACCAGUUCGAGACGGUCAUCAUUGACGAGGCGGCCCAGGCGAUCGAGAUGAGCUGUCUCAUUCCCCUCAAGUACGGUGCUAAGCGGUGCAUCAUGGUCGGAGACCCCAACCAGCUUCCACCCACCACGUUCAGCGUCGAAGCCGACAAUAACAAGUUCAACCAGAGCCUGUUCGUCCGCAUCGCGCAGAACAAGGGCUCGCACAUGAAUCUUCUCAGCAUCCAAUACCGUAUGCACCCCGAGAUCUCGGAGCUGCCGUCCAAGCUGUUCUACAGCAGCCGGCUGAAGGAUGGCCCAAGGAUGGCGGAGAAGACGGCGGCGAUUUGGCACAAGACCCCAAUCUUCGGGCCGUACCAUUUUGUCAACGUCAAUGGCCACGAGACGAAGGCGGGUACAUCCACACGCAACACGGACGAGGCCAGGGCUGCUGUCGACCUGUACCGCAACCUCGAGUUCCAGUACGGCAAACGCAUCGACUUUACGAUGCGCAUCGGCGUGAUCACCAUGUACAAGGAGCAGCUCAACGAGCUCAAACGACAGUUCCGGAACGUGUUCGGCGAGGAGAUCGUUGAGAAGAUUGACUUCAACACUGUAGACGGUUUCCAGGGCCAGGAGAAGGACAUCAUCAUCCUCUCGUGUGUCCGUUCCGGACCGAACCUCACGACCAUCGGUUUCUUGAAGGACUUCCGCCGCAUGAACGUCGCUCUGACGCGUGCCAAGUCGACGUUGUUUGUGCUGGGGAACGCUUCGACGCUCGAGCGCAGUGACCAGCGGUGGAACACGAUUGUCAAUGACGCACGCGAGCGUGGUCUCCUUGUUGAUUACGACUCGACCCUGUUCUCCGACCCCAAGCGUGUCCUCGCUCCCCCCAACGGGAAGUACAAAUCGCGCCAGGUGACACCCGAGGGUGCGACUAUCAUCCCGAAGGUCGGCACGGUCAAGGACCUCGAUCGACCUGACCAGAAGCGCAAGUUUUCUCAAGAAGUAGAGCUGGCAAGCAAGAAGCCCCGCAUCCCCGGCUUGGACAUCGGCGGAUACAAGUCCUCGAAUGACAGCUCGAAGAAUGGCUCCACCAGCCCGUCGAAGAAUGUCUCGGCAACCGCGUCCCGCUUAUCGUCUCCCGCCGACCGGUCUUCACCGGCUCUACCAUCAUCACGAGGCGCAUCUUCACCCCCGCCCGCACCCGGUCGGCAACUGCCAGCGCAUCCAUCUCUCCCUGCACGUCCAGGUUACCCUGUGAACACAUCACUCGCUCCGCGCCCUCCCGGUAUCGCUGGCCCAUCCGCUGGCGGUCCCGUUCGUCCAAGGCCUCCCAAGCGGCCCGCUGGCGAGGACGCUCUGUUCAUCAAGAAGAAGAAACCCGUUCAACGCCCUGGAGGCGGCGCACGCCCAGUCAACGUGCGUGCACUCAUCAACAACGACGUCGCGAACGGCCCGCGCCCACCGCGUCCGUCCUAA